CCUCAGGGUUUCCUGUUGUUGCCGUAGUGCCUUGUGCCGCCCCUUCUCACGCGCGGAAUGUUGUUGCUGGCGCUGGGCAGCUCGUGGGAGGCCGGACUUCGGCUUGGCGGGAAGAGGACGGUGCCGUGGGCGGCCGCCGCUCUUCGAGGCUUUAGGGCGGCCGCCUCGCGGGUGGCCCCCUGUAGCGGCUCCUCGGGGCUGGUUGGCUGCGGAAGCGCGGGGCUGCGGGGAGCUUCGCCGGUUCUCGGGCGGCGGGUGCGAACGCAGGUACCUCUUUGUUGGGAAGGAUGCAUUCGAUGCUUACAUACACAGCUUGAAAAAUCAGAAGAUGGAAGGCUGAUUUAUACUGGGAAUCUGGCACGAACAGUAUUUGGUGUGAAAUGUUUCUCUUAUUCUACAAGUGUCAUCAGCCUUGCAUUGCUACCAUACAUUUUUGCACAAAACAAUAUUAUAUUUGGAAGUCUGCCUUUGCAAAUAUUAUUUUAUGGCAUCAUAGGAAGCUUUACAGUGAUCACUCCAGUACUGCUUCACUUUAUUACAAAAGGCUAUGUUGUUCGGUUGUACCAUGAAGCUACAACAGACACUUACAAAGCCAUUACUUACAACGUUGUGCUUUUAGAAACGAGUACCGUGUUUCACCAGAAUGACGUGAAGAUUCCAGACAGCACACAUGUGUUUACCACAUUUUAUGCUAAAACGAAAUCGCUGUUAGUUAAUCCAAGGCUCUUUCCAAACCCUGAAGAUUAUAACCAUCUAAUGGGUUAUGACAAACCAUUUACUUUUGAUAUGGAAGAAGACAAUGAGAAGAAACAGGUUAAAGAUGAGAAAUGAGUCUAUUGUUCUUUACAUUUGUACUUAAAUGUGAUUUAUGUUCCAAUGUAUAUUAAUAAAAUCGCCUUUACUUUUGU